AGCUCCAUCUCUUCCCUGAUCGUAGAUCUGUAUGAUGCUGACCUGUCUGUUUGUCUUGUGUUUCUGCAGGGCUGGCAUCAAUGAGGUGGAGACGGAUGUGGUGGAGAUCGAAGCUAAACUAGAUAAGCUGGUGAAGUUAUGUAGCGGUAUGAUCGAAGCGGCAGGGCGUACGUAAGCGCCAACAAACUGUUUGUCACCGGCAUCAAAGACUUGUCUCACCAGUGCAAGAAGGAAGAAAUGAUCUCUGAGUGUCUGGAGAAGUGUGGGGAGAGCCUGCAGGAGAUCGUCAACUACAACAUGAUCCUAUUUGACCAGGCCCAGAGGUCAAUCAAACAGCAACUCCACACCUUCAUCAAAGAGGACGUGCGUAAGUUCAAGGAGACGAAGAAGCAGUUUGACCGUGUGAGGGAGGACAUGGAGAUAGCCCAGGUGAAGAACGCCCAGGCCCCCAGGAACAAACCUCACGAGGUGGAGGAGGCCACUUCCUCGCUCACCCUGACCAGGAAGUGCUUCAGGCACCUGGCCCUAGACUACGUACUGCAGAUCAAUGUUCUUCAGGCUAAGAAGAAGUUUGAGAUCCUUGAUGCAAUGCUGUCGUUCAUGCGAGCCCAGUACUCCUUGUUUCAACAGGGCUAUAAAAUAUUGGAUGAGAUUGAUCCCUACAUGAAGAAACUAGCUGCAGAGCUGGAUCAGCUGGUCAUUGACUCAGCCAUGGAGAAGAGAGACCUGGAACACAAACAUGCUACCAUACAGCAGAGGACUCUGAUGGAGGACUUCUCCUAUGAUAAUAAGGUGGAGUUCAACGUGGACGCUCCUAACGGAGUGGUGAUGGAAGGUUACCUGUUCAAGAGGCCUCCAAUGCCUUCAAGACCUGGAACAGCCAAUGAGCCCGUCUUCCUGUAG